AUGGCCACGCUGAGUGUGAAGCCAGGACAGAGAUUUUCAGUCCCAGACUGGCACACCAAUGCUAACCUCAUCUCUACGAACGCUGAGCGUCAGCGGUCUGCUUCCCAUCAGAUCAGGCAGGAAGCCAGGACUCUCCGGAAUGAAACUAACAACCAGACACAAUGGGAUGAGCAUGACAACAGAACACGACUCGCUGAACGUAUCGACAGUGUGAACAGAUGGAAGGAGACCUUGGACAAAUGCCUCACAGACAUAGACACUGAAAUUGAUGCCUUAGCCAAAAUGAAGGAGGCAGCGGAACGUGCGCUGCAGGCCAAGAACUUGCCCUUGGACGUGGCGAUUGAGUGCUUGACGCUUCGGGAGAGCCGCCGAGCCAUUGAUGUGGUGAAGGACCCCGUGGAGGACGAGCUGCACAAGGAGGUGGAGGUGAUCGAUGGAGCCAAGAGAGAUCUGCAGCAGAAAGUGAGCGAGGCCUUCGAGCAGCUCUGCCUCUUGCAGGAAGCACGCCAGCAGCUCAACUUUGAUCACCGGGGAAAAAUGGAAGCACUGGAGAUAGACCGGGUCUGUUCCUCCCUCAACGUCAACUCUCCCAACAUCUCGUUCAAGGUCAAUCCAACCCGGGUCCCAAUUGGAUCAACAACGCCUGAGCAGUGGGACCAGUACAGCCAGUACAACAAAGACCGAGCAGAGGCGGAAAUGAAAGCCUCCACUGAGCUGCGGGAAGCCAUAGCACUCACCAUUGCUCAGACAAACAACGAGCUGGAAGCUCAGCGGGUGGCCGCGGAGUUCGCCUUGCGGAAGAGGAUCCGGGAGUUUGAAAAAGCCUACGACGAGCUGAAAUGGCAGGAGAAGAACACCUUGGAGGAAAUUGCUGAGAUGGAAGAGGACAUCCGACGCCUCGAGGAAGAUCUCAGGAAGAAAAUGUGGGAUCUAAAACUCGCGCACACUCGCCUGGAGACCCGGACUUACCGCCCCAACAUGGAGCUGUGCCGGGAUCAGGCGCAGUAUGGAUUAACUGAUGAGGUCCAUCAGCUGGAAGGCACCAUUGCCGCCCUGAAGCAGAAGCUUGCACAGUCACAGGAUGCCCUAGACGCUCUCUAUAAACACCUGUACCGCAUCCAAACUGAUAUGAGCUACAAAGCUAACUCCCUGAUGCUGGACAACAAGUGCAUGGACAGCAGGAGAAAACUCACAGUCCCCGCUGAGAAAUUUGUGCCAGAGGUUGACACCUUCAACCGAACCACUAACCGUACACUCUCACCCCUGAAGAGCAGGCAGCUGGAGCUGGCUUAA